AUGGCACCACCAGUGCCCUCGUACACCAAGGUCACUCACACUGCCACAUAUGCUGGCAUAAAUCCAGCUCAGCCCGGUCUCUCCACUGCGGGCAAGGUUGUGUUGAUCACUGGCGCAUCUGGCGGUAUCGGCCGGGCCACAGCCUCAUCCUUCGCUGCAUCGGGCCCCCGAGCCCUCAUUCUUCUCGGUCGACGCGCCGACGCCCUGGGCAAAACCGCCGCCAUUGUCCGCGACAGCCAUGCACAGGUGACGGUCCAAACUUAUGAGGCUGAGCUGUGCGAUGCUUCGAGCGUCCGCGACGCUAUGAACAAGGUGGCUGCUGAGUUUGGCGGCAUCGACAUCCUGAUCCACUGUGCCGGCGUCCUGGCCCCCGUUGUUCCACUUCUGGAGGCCGACCCGGCUACUUUCCUGGACGGCUACAAGACUACCGUUGUCGGUUCGCUGGUAACGGCACAGGCCGUCGUCCUGGCAAAUAAGACAUCCUUCGCCGUCGAGAACCCGCAAGUGCGUCUUCACAAUGUGCAUCCCGGUUUCCUCGAAACAGCUAUGUCUGCUAAGCUGGCAGAGUCGGUUAAAUUGCCAUUUGCCUUUGACGAAAUCUCUCUACCCGCCGAUUUCCUGGUCUGGAUUGUCUCUCCCGAAGCUGAAUUCCUUGAAAACAAGAUCGUCUUCUCUUCUUGGGACGUUGAUGAGCUCAAAGCUCGCAAGAACGAGAUUGUCGGUGGCCCGCCGGGAACUGGUGAGCUCUGGCUCGGCUACCAAGGAUUCCCACGCUUCAUGGGUGGCCAGGCUUUGCCAGGAACCCAGUAA